GAGAAAGAGAAAGAGAGAGGGAGGGAGGGAGCGGGGCGGGCGUGCUCGGAGGAGAGCCGGCGGUACCAGCACCCACAUCAGGCGGUGGACAGCCAGAAGCAAGCCCUCUUCCCGCCGCCCCCCCUCCCCCGGGUCCGGUGGAGGGACCCCCCGCCCAGGUCCCCGGAGGAGCCGCUCCAGAAGCCCAAGGCAAUGAAAACCUAGCUGGGUGCUGAGUGAUGGAGCGCUUUAUUGACUCAGGGACGCAGACAGAGGCUGUGGUGGUGCUUUCCUUGGCGCAGGCGGCAGUGUUGGGUCUGGUCUCAGAGAAUGAGCUCUUUGGUGCUACCAUAAGCCCUGAGGCCUUCUACCCGAUGUUGGGACAUGAGCUCUCCGACACGGCCGCUGUAGAACCAGAGCCCCCGGACAAUGACUACCAGCUGGAGUGUGCGGGGGGAGCGCCAGGAGAGCCCCCAGAGGAGGAGGUGCUAGAGGUUGAGGCAGCAUUUGAGAAACACACCCGGAGGAAGAAACGUCCUCCAGUGAGACUGGUGCCCAAAGUCAAGUUUGAGAAGAUGGAUGAGGAGGAGGAGGAGGAAGACGUAUAUGAAGUGUCUGUGCCAGCUGAUGACAGGCAGGAGGCUCCGGGAGAACCCACAGAGGAGGCCAGCUGCGAAGGCAUGGUACAGAACAGCUCUGUCAAGAUGAUCGACCUCAGCACCUUCGGCCGAAAGUCCCGGCAUUCCCGGCACCUGCAGCGGGCUCCCCGGCAAGAGCUGGAUGGGGCAGCGUAUAACGCCCACUUUCCAGAUUCCACUCCAGAUGGCUACACUGAACCUACUAUGGUGCUGACCCGGGCUGGGUCUGAAGCCAUGCAUCCAGAGUGCGGAUUUGAGCCCCACAUGACCUCAUUGAGUGAUGCCGAGGCGCCUGCUCCCGAAUCUCCGGAGCCCGUGAAGAAUGAUCAGGGCUUUGUGUGGCAGGACCCCGGGGAGUUCGAGGCAGACCCCUCCGGCUCCACUGCAGAUCACCACAAGAAAGCCCAGCUGGACCGGCUGGAUAUCAAUGUCCAGAUCGACGACUCCUACCUGGUGGAGGCAGGCGACCGGCAGAAGCGUUGGCAGUGCCGCAUGUGCGAAAAGUCCUACACCUCCAAGUACAACCUGGUGACCCACAUCCUGGGCCACAACGGCAUCAAGCCCCACUCGUGCCCGCACUGCAGCAAGCUCUUCAAGCAGCCCAGCCACCUGCAGACCCACCUGCUGACCCACCAGGGCACCCGGCCCCACAAGUGCGAGGUGUGCCACAAGGCCUUUACUCAGACCAGCCACCUCAAACGGCACAUGCUGCUGCACACCGACAUCAAGCCCUACAGCUGUCACUUCUGUGGCAGGGGCUUUGCCUACCCCAGCGAGCUGAAGGCGCACGAGGUCAAGCACGAGAAUGGGCGCUGCCACGUGUGUGUCGAGUGUGGCCUGGACUUCUCCACCCUGACCCAGCUCAAGCGGCACCUGUCCACCCACCAGGGCCCCACCCUCUACCAGUGCCUGGAGUGCAACAAGUCUUUCCACUACCGGAGCCAACUGCAGAACCACAUGCUGAAGCACCAGAACGUGAGGCCCUUUGUCUGCACAGAGUGCGGCAUGGAGUUCAGCCAGAUCCAUCACCUCAAACAGCACUCGCUCACCCACAAGGGAGUAAAAGAGUUCAAGUGUGAGGUGUGUGGCCGAGAAUUCACCCUGCAAGCCAACAUGAAGCGGCACAUGCUCAUCCACACCAGCGUCCGGCCAUACCAGUGCCACAUCUGCUUUAAGACCUUUGUUCAGAAGCAGACCCUCAAGACCCACAUGAUUGUGCAUUCCCCUGUGAAGCCCUUCAAAUGCAAGGUCUGUGGGAAAUCCUUCAACCGUAUGUAUAACCUGCUGGGCCACAUGCACCUACAUGCUGGCAGCAAGCCCUUCAAGUGUCCCUACUGCUCCAGCAAGUUCAACUUGAAGGGCAACCUCAGUAGGCACAUGAAGGUCAAACAUGGGGUCAUGGACAUCGGCCUGGAUAGCCAAGAUCCCAUGAUGGAGCUGACGGGUGCAGACCAUGCAGAGCUAGAUGGUCCACAGGAGAUGGAGGACUACGAAGAAAACUCCUUUGACUAUACUGGGGUGGAGAACAGCGCUGAUGACAAUGCACUGACUGAGCAGGCCAUGAAGGAGAUGGCCUACUACAAUGUAUUAUAGCUGUGAGUGAGGGUGCUGGCUCCCCAAGGCAUGCUCCCAUGAAGAGGGGAGAGGCACACUGGGGAAAGGGAGGAGGGAGAGAGAGAGAGAAAGAAAGAGAGAGAAGGAAAAAUUAUCUGGACUUGAUGCUGUUCAAGAAAACAAGCUACUGUCCCACUGCUCUGAGCCCCUCCCACUCCCCUGUAGUUCAUUGAACCAUUAGGAAAAAUUGAUUUAGACCAAAUGGAGAUCUUGCCACUGGGUCCCAGCUGUGAACAUGACUUGGAUUCCCAGGCUAUCUCAAUGAAGGAUGAAAAGUGGGAGUGGAAGGGGCCAAAGUCAGGGCUUCCCUGGCUCCAGCCCCCUUCGCCUGGAUGAAGUAAAGUACAGGGAAGAGACAGGAGAAACACCUUCAGGUCAGAGACAGCAUGGGGUGGGGGGAGCUGGGGGCUGAGUCACCCAAGAAGAGCAGGGAGGGCUGCCGCCUUGGUGUCCGGAGCCUCUCCCCUGUGACCUGCAUCUCCGGCCGAGUGAGGCUUUGGCAGCUAAAACGCCGGGCUGCUCGGGGCAGGGGGCUGUUCUGGUGAGGUCUCACCCUGUCGGUCUCCGCUCAGGCUAUCUUGAAAUCCCCAAACACUGGAGGAGGAGAUCAUCUGAGCCACACGUUGUAUCUCUUCUAAACCUACCCCCUGGUUUUGGGCCGCUUUGUCUUUUGUGCAGUACAACUCUGCCCCACACUUGGUUCCACUGCCCCAUGGAAGGAGGGCCUCGAGAAGGGAGCUAAGUCCUUUAACCUUUGGGCCCAGGGGCCUCAUUUCCCCAAGUGCACUACAUGAAUAAAGAGUUGACCCAGCCUCUCUGGACAACAGACUCGACUCCCCCAGACCAGGGGAGAGAGGUGGGAGCAAUGUCAGAGCACCAUGGCAUUCCUUGUAUUCUACCUCCUGGCUCCUCCCCAGGCCUCAUACUGGGGAGCACAGCCCAUCCAGGCACAUUCAACAUGUAGAUUUUUACCUGCAGGAAAAUCAGACUGUAGGAAAAUGGAAUGUAUUCCUGGCCUUCCGAAGUCACUCCCUCUCCCGUGGGAUGCAUCAACCCCUCCUAACCAGCAUGCCUCUUGUCAGGUCCCUUCACUCCAUGGCACUGCUUGGAAAAAACACCAGGAGAAGUGGUUUUCAUAUUGGUGUCCAUAAGGGGUCGUGGUUUUUUAUUUAUUUAAAAAAAAAGUGGUUCACGGCAGACAUGUGCCCUAUGAUCUUGAGGCCCCCAAAGGCUCCUGGUAACUCAAACAAAGCAGGUUUGCCUUAUCAAGUUUGAAAAUCACUGACCUAGAGGAAGAGAAGUGGGAAUACUGGGGGAUGGGGGAGCAGGGGCCAUGGUUGGGGAAGCUCCUGGGUUGACAUGGGAAUGGGUGUCCUCAGGGGGGAGGCCAAGGAAGACUUGUUUUUGUUUUCUGUUUUUUUGUUUUUGAGGGGAUGGGGUGGGAAAUUUUAAAGUAUUUUCUUAUUCACAUGUCCUAGUUUUGAGGAUAGGGGCAGACCGAAGUUGCAAGGCUGCCAAGGGAGAGCAACAUAUUUAAAAAGGAAAAUGAAGCCUGUACAAAAUAUUUGAGCAAAUGUGGGUAUUUUGAAAGUAAUUUAUUUUUUUUUUCCUCUAUGUGCUGAUCUGUUGCAUUUUAUCUUUUUUCCCCCCCCAUCCCAAUGGAGAUUCUUUUUUCUCCCUCAAACUUAAUUGUUCUCAUGUACUGUGUGUGUGACUUGUGAUGCCCAAACUAGAAGCAGGCUGUACUGGAUCUCAGGGCUCCAGCAAUGACUGUUGGAGUGUGGUGGACCAAAGACCGAGAUUUGCUAUCGCUACCUAAAGGAAAGCCCAGGGGAGGGGGUUUGGGAAGAUGAGAGGAAGAGAGCCAGGAAGGAAACUCAACACUGAGGAAAAAUAAGGGACUUGGAGUUUCUUCUGCCCAGGCCAAGUGAGGCACUACCCCUCCAGCUCCAAGGCCUUUUCUGCUAAGGAUCUGAGGUUCAUCACUCACUUUUCUCACCUUACCAGGCUUCCCUCAUUGAUGGACAAGCAGGUGGCAGUUCUGGCCUUACCUAGCUGCAAUAUUUAUUCAUUUUACACCUAUCAAACACUUUCUCUGUGCGAGGCAUGGCCCCAAAUACUGCGCCCCCUACUCAUUCCCACUGUCCUAGCACUGCUUUCUUCCACCUGGAAAGAAAACCCUCAAACUUGCCAAAGUAAUGGAGCUAACAAGCCUGAGGUAGCGAAGCCAUGUUCGUAGGAACGCAAAUGUUCUUAGCCUCCCCUGCUGAGUCUCCGAGGUUUCGAGGUCUUCCGGUCCUAUACCAUGGAGGAAAGGGGUAUAAGAAAACCCAAACUGCUUACAAAUGGCAGGGAAGGAGGUUUGGGAAAGGGGUUGGUGAGUUGUUUUGACAACAUGUCAAUCAGAAACAGAAGGCAGAAAUUCAUGGGGCAACCUGACAGAAACAUUCUUAUAGCACAAAAGAAAAUAGCAUUUGGGGACAAGAGCUAACCAAAGUGAAAUGGAAGCCCAAGCCCUGCCCGCGACUCUAAUAUGAAUCUGUGUUCUUACACACUGAAUAGAUGGCGCUAGACAAUUCUACAAGGCUUACCUAAGCUCACACAGGUAGCAUUGGGAAUAACCACUAAAGGGCAUUACCCUCUCUGCAAGGAGACAGUCAGCCAUCCACAACUUUUGCCUAAUUCCUAUCCUCAUGCAGACCCAUUGGCUCUCCUUUCCCAGCUAGGUUUUCUUCUGUGAUUGUUGGGCACUGCCGUACUUUGCCCUGAUCAGAGCUGCCUCCCCCCCCCUUGAACCCACUUCUACAGUCGGUGAACUAAGUCUCAUCAGUUCCUAAGCCUGGCGUUGUUUCUGGUUCCAUGGUUCACCAGGCAUCCUUGUCCAAUUUCUAGCUAUACACCGAGGGGGAGGAAAGCCCUCGGACCCCAGCCUCCAAAGUUUCCACUAUCACGUUCAGGUGGCAGAUGCCAGUUCCUGUGGAAGACUUUAUUCUGCUAAGCAGAAUGGUAUCCUUCCCCACAAACUACCUCUUCCCAUUUUGUCUUUAUUCCCUGGUACCAAAAAAGAAUCCUGUUAUCUCCUCCCUCUUCUCGUAAAUACGGUGGCCUUGGCUUUAGAACUGGGAUACUGCUGAGAGAAAAGGCUCACGUCCCCUUCCCCCAGUGGGAAGAAUUUGUUCUCAAAGGGGACAGGGUGGAGAGAGGCAGAAUCUGCCCCGACCCUCACACAACCCUCCGCCACUCACACUCCUCCUUUCCUCCUGCCUCCCCUCACUGGCCCCCUUGGUUCCUCUCCUGUUCCCUCUUCACUCCUCCCAGCCCUCCCACCAGCACUGGCCCCCUCUUCAUUGUACUUGAAAGCCACAGUGCUAGUGCCUUUCUUUCCUGCCAAUGAGACUGAGAAAGGCCACAGCACAAUUCACAACUUGGGGUGCAGUAUUGGAAAAUCCCCCCCUUCCCCAUCCCUUUUUCAAAAAUACACACACACACACACACAAACACACUCAAACAAGGAAAAAAAAGGCAUGCAGCCUCUCAGUGACUUUGGAAAACUUCUGUAUGAAUCGCAUUUUAACUUAUUUUGAUGUGUACACAAAACAACAGUUUAGAAAUUCCACUUGUGCAAAGCCCUACUGUGUUUUUUAUGUUUUCUGUUUUAAAGAGUUGUUUACUUAGCAAUAAUUAUAAAUAAAUGAAUAUUCUUUAG